CCUGUUUCCGUCCAACUCCAUCUCGUCUCUACGCUUCUCAUGUCGACAAACUUAGAUAGGGCUAUAUCAAUCGUUCAGCAAGCCAUAGACGAUGACACACAUCAGAAAUACCCCGAGGCAUGCCAACAGUACAUGAACGCGCUUGAUUACUUCAUGCUCGCGCUGAAGUACGAGAAGAAUGACAAAGUCAAGGUUUUAAUCCGGUCCAAGAUUGCCGAAUAUCUUAAUCGUGCAGAAACUCUCAAGAAGCACAUACGAGCACAGGAUGAGAAGCAGUCGAAGAAGGCAGUAGGCGCAGUCAAUGGCGGAGGAAGCAAAGAGAAAGACGACGAAGACCAAGAUCCCGAGUUGAAGAAGCUUCGUGGAUCUCUCUCCAACGCCAUUCUGUCUGAGAAACCUAACAUCAAGUGGGACGACGUCGCAGGUCUGGAGGGUGCCAAGGCGUCACUCAAAGAGGCCGUCAUCCUGCCCAUCAAAUUCCCCAACCUCUUCACCGGCAAGCGGACGCCAUGGAGAGGGAUUCUGCUUUACGGACCUCCAGGGACGGGGAAGUCGUAUCUUGCAAAAGCGGUCGCAACUGAAGCGAAGAGCACAUUCUUCAGCGUCAGUUCCAGUGAUCUUGUCAGCAAGUGGCAGGGCGAUUCAGAACGGCUCGUAAAGAACCUAUUCGAAAUGGCUCGAGAGAGCAAGCCAUCAAUUAUCUUCAUCGACGAAGUUGAUUCGCUCGCUGGUACACGUAACGAGUCCGAAUCCGAGGGGUCGCGACGCAUAAAGACUGAGUUUCUUGUGCAAAUGAAUGGCGUUGGUCACGAUGAUACUGGUGUGCUUGUGCUUGGAGCGACCAACAUUCCGUGGCAACUCGAUCCUGCCAUCAAGCGACGGUUUGAAAAGCGUAUCUACAUCCCACUUCCCGGCCCUGAUGCCCGGAAACGCAUGUUUGAGAUUCAUGUCGGAUCGACACCCUGCGAGCUAACCCCGAAGGACUAUCGUACGCUCGGAGAGAUGACCGACGGCUACUCCGGGUCCGAUAUUUCGAUUGUAGUUCGAGAUGCCUUGAUGCAGCCUGUGCGCAAGGUUAUAUCCGCCACUCAUUUCAAACAAGUGAACGUGGAAGAUUCGUCAGACCCCAAGUGGACGCCGUGCUCGCCAGGUGACCCAGACGCGGUGGAGAAAACGUGGUCUGAGGUGGACUCAGACGAAUUGCUUGAACCGCCGCUGCGUGCCGCGGACUUCAUGAAGUCCCUGUCAAGCGUGCGGCCGACCGUCACGGAGGCAGACAUCAAGAAGCACGACGACUGGACGAAAGAGUCAGGCAAUGACGGUGCAUGACGACACUUGAGAUUGUAUUGGGUUUGUACGGGUUUUUGUCCUCGAUGGUUGUAUAUUUAUACCGUCUUCAAUUUUUUCUUUAUUCUUUGCAAUAAUAUUUGUGGACCCC